CCUGCCCGUCCUGCCACGCUGGGCUCACGGGUCCAGACGCCUGCCGAGACUCUGGGCUCGGCCCAGAAACAUUCUCCGGGCGCGGGCACCGGCCACUCCCCGCGACCCUGGCCCCAGUCCGACAAGGCAGGGGACCCGGACUGUGCUGUCCUCCCCUACAGCAGCCUGCAGGCGGCCCCUGCCCACUUCGAAGGCCGCCCCACGGGGCCUUCCUGUGUCCCCUCCCUUCUCUCCCGGUCUUGGGGGCGGGCUGCAGGGGCCUGGCCCGGCAGGGAGUGGGUGGGGACCCUGGCAGGGUCCCCCGUGGAGUGUGGGCCGAGGGGACAUGGACCCGAGGAAGGGGCAGGCACACACGAGAGGGGAAGAGGGGCCGGGUUCUGGGAGUGAAUGUUUAGCCGGGAGAGGGGGCGCUGCCGUCUGCUGAGUGCCUUUCCAAGCCGGGCGCUUUCCAAGAACCACACGCCCUGCUCCCCUUCUGGCCCGCGGCCGCCCGCCAGCUGCUUGGCGCUGACCCUGCUGCCGGGGCUGGCGGCCGCCACUGUCACUCUGGGCCCAUGGCCGGCACAGAGAACGAGAGGGACAGGACAUGGGCCUGGUCUGGCUCAGAACUCCCCGGCCCCUGUCUCGCAGUCCGCGACCCCGCGAGCCGCCGGCUCCAGGUUCCGCAGGCCAGAGGUGCCCUCGCCAAUGCCGGGCGGGGCUCGCGGCCGUCCCAUCGGGCCUUCCAGCGUCUGGGCCCCCCGGCCCCGCCCCUGCCCCAGCCAGGACAGUCCCAGCCUCAGCCUCACUGGUCCCCCUCCCAGGACCCCUCCCCUGUCUGUCACGGACUCGGGGAUUCCGGGUCCCUACACACCCCUAGCACCCCCCUCCCGUACUGCCCCCUGCAGGGUCCCAGCGGACCAAGGCCUGCCACUUCCCCCCCUUCCGCAGCACCCCCUGCAGGUGCCCUCUCUCCUGCACCCAACCUAGCGCCUCUGCGACCCUUCCCUGCUCCCCUCAGCCGCGCAUACUCACUGCCACGUCCCCUUCCUGCCGCGUCCCUCCCUCUGGCAGGGACACCAAGGGCAGUGCAGGGGGGAGACAGAGGCUCCGCUAUUUGGGGUCCAGGGCUUUGGGGAGGUUCCGUUUGGGAAAAAAGCCACCAGGUCAUUCAGCCCCCAGCCAGCUUGGGAACCCACCUGACUACCAUUCUGUGGCCUGCGCCCCUGGCGCCCGCCCCUCCCUGGCUGCCCAGGGCCCUCUCGGUCCGCCGCUCAAGCGACCCGCCCAGCGGGCUAUGCCCAGGCCCCUGCCGCAGACCCAGCCCUGCGACCCCGCGCCCGGGGACGGAGGUGGCGCGCUGCUCCCCACGCUGCCAGUCGGGCCAGCUGGUUCCCUUCAGGGGCGGCUCCCCCCUGCCCCCCUCCCGCUGUAACCCGAGCCGCCCGCACUGCCUCCCCUCCCACCCCUUGGCGGCAGCUCCUCGGCCGGGUCCCCCAGCUGCACUGCCCCAUGCGGCCCUGAGCCCGGCAGCAAGUCCGCUAUGGGCCCAGGGGUCCGUGUCCCUUUGGGGACCACAGGGGGUGGCGUCCAGGGCCGCUGGCUGGGUGCCCUGCUGGGUGCCCUGUGCCUCCUGCCCGCCCUGGUGCUGCUGGCCCGGCUGGGCGACCCGGCGGUGCGGGCCUGGAGUGCAGCGCAGGCAGACGUCCCUGCACCAGGCCACGCAGGAGUCCGCGCCGCCCAGGUCCAAGGCCCGCCGGCCGUCCGCAGACGCCGCUACACGCUGACCCCGGCCAGGCUACGCUGGGACCACUUCAACCUCACCUACAGGAUCCUUUCUUUCCCGCGGAACCUGCUGAGCCCCCAGGAGACCCGGCGGAGCCUGGCAGCCGCCUUCCGCUUGUGGAGUGACGUGUCCCCCUUCAGCUUCCACGAAGUGGCCCCUGACCAGCCCAGCGACCUGCACAUAGGCUUCUACCCCAUCAACCACACGGACUGUCUGGUCUCGGCCAUACACCACUGCUUCGAUGGCCCCACCGGGGAGCUGGCCCACGCCUUCUUCCCCCAGCACGGCGGCAUCCACUUUGACGACAGCGAGUACUGGGUUCUGGGCCCCACUCGCUACAGCUGGAAGAAAGGCGUGUGGCUCAUAGACCUGGUGCACGUGGCGGCCCACGAGAUUGGCCACUCGCUGGGCCUGAUGCACUCCCAGCACGGUGGGGCGCUCAUGCACCUCAACGCCACGCUGCGCGGCUGGAAGACGCUGUCCCAGGACGAGCUGUGGGGGCUGCACCGGCUCUACGGCUGCCUGGACCGGCUGCUCGUGUGCGGGUCCUGGGCGCGCAGGGGCCUUUGCGAUGCCCGGCGGCGGCUCAUGAGGAGGCUCUGCCCCAGCAGCUGCGACUUCUGCUACGGUGCCGAAUUCCCCUUCCCCACGGUGGCCGCCACCUCACCACCCCCCAGGACCAAAAUCAAGCUGGUGCCUGAGGGCAGGAACGUCACCUUCCGCUGUGGCCAGAAGAUCCUCCACAAGAAAGGCAAAGUGUACUGGUACAAGGACCAGGAGCCCCUGGAGUCCUCCUACCCAGGCUACCUGGCACUGGGAGAGGCACACCUGAGCAUCAUCGCCAAUGCCAUCAACGAGGGCACCUACACGUGCGUGGUCCGGUGGCACCAGCGCGUGCUCACGACCUACUCCUGGCGUGUCCGUGUGAGGAGCUGAGCUCUCCGAGCCCCGCUGGGCGGCAGGCCCGGCAUAUAAAGCACUUUCUCUCUGA